AUGAAAAAACCUGCACACAAAGGAUGGAAAAGUAAGGAGAAAGUAGAUCACCCUGCCUUAUAUCCCUCUGGGGUUGAAACCAUAGAGAGGGCUCCCCAUUUACCUGGACAUAGGAAACUGUGGGAGUUUGGGAGGAAAGCCCUGUUUCAUGUCAGGGUGCUUUCAGGAUAUGAAGAACGAAGAAUACGAUCUUUUAGGCUCCAGCUUGAACAGCGUGUACAACAGGUACAAGCAAGGAGGGCAGCCAUGAUAAAUAAAGUACCUGAACAGAUUAUUAUUUUGUCUGAGGUUCGUCGUAUGGUUGAAGAGAUGCAAGCUUUAAACAAAAAUCUGGAAGAAAUAGUAGCCAUUAAAGAAUAUUUCAAGCCUCUUGACAAAGAAGCUGAGAUUAUAAUGAAUAUGCAACUACAACGGUAAGAGAAAACUUCGGAGGUGAUGAUGAAUGCACUGGAGCAACAAGAUUUGCUUAAAGAAGUUGAAGCAGAAAAAACUGCAGACAACGCUGAUACCAACCUGAAGGAAUCUGAGAUUAUGACGAAAAUGCAUCUAGGAGAGGAAGAAAACACUUAAGAGAUGGUGACAGUUAUGCAGCAGCAAAUUUUACUUGAGAAAGCUAAUGCUGAUACAGAUGGUGGGCAUCAAUCAGACAAUGCUCCGGAAAACCGCGUGCAGCCAGACCACCGCGGCGCCGACGAGGAGCGACAUGAGGACGCUGAGCCAGAUCUCGGUGAGGACGAGCGCAACAACCGUGACUACCCAGAGCGCGAUGAGGAGGAAACGGUGGUCGACGGUGCGGGAGCGGACUACGACAGGGCGGUCGCGAAAGAAGAAGAGGAAGAACCAGGCGACGAAGACGGCGAGGAAGCCGGUGAGGUUGGGGAAGGAGAGAGUGAGGGUCUUGCUCUUGUUCUUCAUCUGGUUUGCUGGGUUGGUGGUGAAGGGUGUGGAAAGGAAAAUGGAUCUUCUUAA